CCCAGCUCACCUAUACACAGUCGCACCUCUGCUGCCGUGGCCCCCAUGUGGCCCCUCCCUUACCGGACUGGACAGAUACAUGGGUUAACUCUGUCACCGGGAGAAGCCGAGAUACAAGCACCGGGAGCGUCGGGAGAUCCCCUCCCAUCACUCUGCUGUUAUACCGAUCUGCGCUCUAAGCGUUCACCAAGCAUCCUCCGGUUUAAUUUGACAGAGAAGAUUAAUUUCAAAUCGUUUAUUUUUAUCAUUUUAUAAGAGGCGACAGUCAACAGCAGCAGCACCAGCUCCGCUUGUUAGACCCAGACCCGUGGGCGGCUGGGUGGCGUCCGACUCGGCGAGCUGAUAGGACGAGGAUUUGGCACUCUACCUACCAACUGCUUCAUCCCAAAUUCUCAUGAUAUGGCGAUGAGAAGUGAGAUGUAGAAAACGAAUGGGAGGCCAUUCAUGUGGGUCUGGGCUUCAGCUAAAAAGGACAAAAUCUCCCAGCACCACCACUGCCAUCCUCCUCAUCUAACCAGUUGAUUAAUUUUUCUAAUAACUAUCUAAAAAGUGUGGAGCACAUGACACGUUGGUGAAUCUCCGAGGCAGGUCCCACACAUAGACUGAAUGAGUCCAUCUUUGACUGUCGGACGGACUCCUCAAGAGCACAGGACGGAUGCAAACAGACUAAACACAUCUUGGCAAUUCAAAAGACCCUCAGCAUCUCCGCCAACGGUGCUCUAACCGAGCGCGGUGAAUCUCACACCGGGGGACGAGUCUUUUCACGGACAGGGAGAAGAUGCCAUUCCACCAUGUGCGGGCGGGCCUGCUCUAUCCAGACAACUACCUGAGCAGCUCCCUGACGGAGGGCAGUGAAGCCUUCCAGCUCAACAGCAUAUCCUCAGAGGAGCUGGGAGAGAUCCGUGAAGCGUUUCGUGUUUUGGAUCGUGAUGGGAAUGGUUUCAUCUCUAAACAGGAGCUGGGCAUGGCCAUGCGCUCCCUGGGUUACAUGCCCAGCGAAGUGGAGCUGGCCAUCAUCAUGCAGAGACUGGACAUGGAUGGGGACGGCCAGGUGGACUUUGAAGAAUUCAUGACGAUACUGGGGCCCAAACUGCUGUCUUCUGACAACAGAGAAGGAUUCCUGGGCAACACCAUCGACAACAUCUUCUGGCAGUUUGACAUGCAGCAGCUGUCUCUGGAUGAGCUGAAGCAGGUGCUGUUCCACGCCUUCAGGGACCACCUGACGAUGAAGGACAUAGAGAACAUCAUCAUCACCGAGGAGGAGAGCCUCAAUGAAACCGGGAACUGCCCUGAGUAUGAGGGAGUCCAUCCUAAGAAGAAGAAUCGGCAGACGUGUGUCAGGAAAAGCCUGAUCUGCGCCUUCGCUAUGGCUUUCAUCAUCAGUGUCAUGCUCAUCGCAGCCAAUCAGAUGCUGCGGAACGGCAUGGAGUAACCAAUUGCACUGUGAGCAUGGAGAGUGGACAGAACAGCCAUGACCUCACAUCGUGUCUUUGCAGCCAAAGCAGGACCAGCCACAACCCGAGCACGUCUCUAAACAAUCAGAUGAGUUUUUUUAGUUUAAUUUGAAUUUACCUUAUAGAAGUAGACAACGUGAGAGAGAUAUAAAUGUGUUCUGCAUUGAAGAUGUCACCAUGUAUAGUUACUGGACUUACUGGCCACAAGGAACCGGACCUGAAAAAGAAUUAUGUUUUUAUAAAACAAUAAAUAGAGGGUAUUAUUUUGACGAAGACCACCCUUUAAACUUGAUUUUCUAAUUACCGAAAAAUGUUUAUCAGGUGCUUUGAGCCAUUCCUAAUUCAAAAUACAAACAGUGGUUAUUAUGUACAACUGCUUAUUUACCCUAAAGAAGUAGCGUUGAAUGUGAGUGAAUGUGGGCACUGUAUGUUGGGCACAGUAUUAAAAUGUGUUGUAAAUCCCUAACAGUUCAUAGAGUCAUGUAUAAACAUCACACUUUAUGUGAAACGUCAAUUUAGUCCACUAAUCUUGUAGCUCAUGAAGUCUUUAUGUGGAAGGAGCACAACUCAAUACUCAGCGAGGGACCAGUCAAGAAUCAUCACUGUCUCGCUAUCUCCAUUAAGUCUUAGCAUUGAUUGAUUGAUUGAUUUAUUAAUUGCUCGAUCCCACACUUAACAUUUGUGUUGGUGUGUAAAUGACAGUACAUAAUGUAUCAGGAGAGACUUCAGAUAUUUAGUCCGAAGUAUACUGGAGCACACGGAUGAAGACAAAAAAACGGCAGGUCAGAGUCGACUCCUUUCGCAGGGAAACGUCAGUCUUUUUGCAUUAAAUCCGUGUCCUCCAGUAUACUUUGGACCAAAUAUCUGAAGUCUCUCCUAAUACAUUACUGCCCUACUCUGAGACACAGGCCUGUAAUUCCUUGUGAGGCGGUGGAAGCGCAGUGAACCUCUUCCUUCAUUAGACAGUACAUAAUUAGCUCAGGCUGUCUGAGAGGAAAUGUAUGAAGGUUUAUCACAAGUAACAAGUGUAGCUAUGGUUGUGGUUAUUAGUAGGACCAGAUAUAAAUUCCCAUGUUUUUAAGUUAUGUGUUGGAAGAAAAUAUUUCACCUCAGCAUCUCAUUGUAACACGGCCCAACUGUGGUAAAUAUAAACUGCACAAACAGCAUGCCAGUAUAUACACUGCCAUAUCAAACAUUUGUCUAACUCCCAUGGAUUUCUCUGUAUAUAUAGUUGAACUCAUCCCGUGUAAUCUUGUAUUAUUGUUCUCAACAGCAGAAUGUAUGAAGGGUAGAAACUAGUGAGAUAAAUCAGGGAUAUACAGUUGAGCUGUAACAUGCUGUAGGUACAGCUGUUUUCUUGGAAAAGGUUGCAGCCUAGUGGUUAAAGUGAGAACUGCAGCUGAACGCUUGAACAACCAUGUUUACAAGGUGUUCCGAAAAUCAACACCACUGAAUUUGAGCUUUGAUAUGUGUUGUGUCAGUUUCACAAGGGCAAUUUGGUCUGUUUUGGUGAACAUUCUCUACUUUUAAUGGCAAAACCAAGUGUUCACCACCCCACACCCCCGACCCAAAUUAUGCUGUCUCAGCAGUGUGCAGCUCAGGAUUGGAUGAGAGACUGAAGGUGACUGCUGGAGUAACUUCGGUAGUUUCUGGGGUCAUGGUUAUGUUUUAUGGUCCAGAUCUGAUACCGCUACAAUUUUAUAAAGCUCACUGGGGUGAAAGAGUUUGAAAAAAGACCCAUCAGUCAUGCUCCCAUUCUUUUAUAAUGGAGCCAUAAUCCCAGUGACGCCUCGGUUUAGAUUUGAGGAUGUUUUUUUACGCGGGUGUAGAGCUGGGCGAUGAAAAAAUGUCCAUGUCAAUGUUUAUCCACUGUGAGAAUAGUGUCAUUGUCAUUCAAAACCAAGAUUAUGGCUGAGAUUAAGUUCUUAAACACGUUUAGAGAGUCAGUGGAACACAGUUCAUUACAGUGAACAUCAUUUAUAUUAUUUUUUAUGUGAUUAUUUUCUAAUAUUAAUAGAUUAUCAUGAAAAUAUUUUCAUUAAUAUUGUGACAAUUAUUUCAACAGAAUCGCCCAGCCCUAUGUUGAUGCUAUCUUUGAAAUGCACUUGUCAGUGUUCAUUACUACUGAUUAUGUGCCAUAAAAGCAACAUAAUGGAUUCCUAAAUUGCUCGGUGCUCCCCUUGGACAUGAUUGGAUCAGAGACUGGUUGGGUUUCGUCACUACCUUGGAGCAAUUAUUUGUUCUCAUGUCUGAUGAAAAGAAAACUAUAUAUUUCAAUCAAAGUAAUGUGCAGCAAUGUGACUUUCUAUGCUGUCCGGGAUAGAUGAAAUACAAAGGGAAGAGGGCUUUCUCUUAAAAUAAAAAAAACUAGCUUUGUAAGAUCAAGUAUCACAGCAAAAAUGUAUUAUACUGUAAAUCAGUAUGCAUGUUGUUGUUUAGAUUUUCAUGUCUUUGAAAGACAGGGAAAUCAGUUUAAUCUUUCUUUGUGGUGGCACAGCCUUGGUUUAAAUGUAGGUAUGUAUGUACUACUUUCACAUAUUUGACUGUCCAGUUUAUACUGUAAUAGCCAUUUUUCUAGUUUCUACCAGCUAUUAAUCAAAUCAGAGUGCAGGAGAGGGCAUUUUCAUAAAUAUGCAAAUACAAGGUCACAUCUUCAUCAUCUCUGUUUCACGUCGUAAAGGGUACAGUCUUUAGGCCUCACUGUGGAUAGUUCAAAUUGACAUUGAAUACAAUAUAUUGUGUGUUUUAGGUUUUUAUUCAAUGUUCUCACUGCCUCAUAGUCCUGUAUAAACUGCUGUAUAAUGUAUGCUACACUUAUCCUCGUGAGUCAGUUUAUGUCUUUGAUAUUCUCAGCACAUUGACAUUCGACCAAUGGACCAUGUCCUCACCAUUGUCUAUUAGCGUCAUGGUCCUUUUGAAACCAGCAUAGACCACUUCAUCUUAACAAAUCUCUAAUAAUUGUGCCAUUCCAACAUCUUUUCAUGGCUUGGUAAAGGGAACUCGUUUGAAAGACCUUUUAUCAACACUUUUGAAGUUUACAUUAUUAUACUGUACAUCUGUAAUGAGUUUCAUGUUUUUGAAAGUUGCUUUUGAGAUUUGUUUUUACCAAAACAUGUUUUUACCUUGUAGAUUGUAUAGAGAUAAAACUAAACACAGAAAUGUAAACCUUGGCAUGCUGCUUAGAAAAAGGAGAACGAAAACAGCAAUAGUCGCCAACUGAAUGGAUAUUUAAAAAUGCAAAUAACAAGUUUAAUCUGUUUAAUCUAAAAAAAAAUAUAUAUCCAUAUAUGUUUAUGCAAUAAAACCUUGUUUUGAUAGAAA